AUGCUGAGAAUUGGCGGGAAAGGAGGCGGAGUUGGUCAGCUACUGGCGGCGGUUGCGGCAGCGCUACUGCUCCGCCUUUUCUCAGCACCCGGACCAGAAGUCCUUCCCGAGAACGUCCCCGAUGACGAGGAAGGAGACCACGAAGCUCCGGUCAAAGGACAGGUUUCGCCGGUUACUAUUAAAUGGACUAACAUCAACUGUUCACUCUCCGAUAAAUCCUCUAAAUCAGUGCGGUUUUUGCUGCAAAAUGUUAGCGGAGAAGCAAAACCUGGUAGAUUACUUGCAAUUAUGGGACCAUCUGGAUCAGGGAAGACAACCCUGCUCAAUGUUCUGGCAGGUCAGAUAGUGGCGUCGCCGAGAUUGCAUUUGUCAGGCCUUUUGGAGGUUAAUGGGCAACCAUUCUCAAACAAAGCUUACAAGUUCGCCUAUGUUAGGCAGGAAGAUCUUUUCUUUUCCCAGCUGACCGUUCGAGAAACACUUUCUCUUGCAGCUGAACUCCAGCUGCAGGGAAUAUCUUCAGUGGAAGAGAGAGACGAAUAUGUGAAUGAUCUCCUUUUGAAACUAGGCCUUGUCAGUUGCGCUGAUUCGCGAAUUGGGGAUGCAAAAGUGCGUGGAAUCAGUGGUGGUGAAAAGAAAAGAUUGUCACUUGCAUGUGAGCUGAUUGCUAGUCCUUCUGUCAUUUUUGCUGAUGAACCUACGACUGGACUUGAUGCCUUCCAGGCAGAGAAAGUGAUGGAAACCUUACGACAACUUGCACAGGAUGGGCAUACUGUGAUUUGCUCUAUACACCAGCCUAGAAGUUCAGUUUAUGAAAAAUUUGAUGACAUCGUGUUACUGACAGAAGGCGCACUUGUUUAUGCUGGUCCUGCACGUGAUGAAGUAUUGGUUUACUUUUCAAAAUUUGGGUAUAUUUGUCCCGAUCAUGUAAAUCCCGCUGAAUUUUUGGCUGAUCUUAUAUCAGUAGACUACACUUCGGCCGAGAGUGUCAAUGCUUCUCAGAAAAGGAUAGAUAGUCUUGUUGAGUCAUUUGCUGAGCAGACACCAUUAACUCUAUAUACAACUCCACUUACCAGGGAGGAUCUUAAGAACAACAUGAACUCAAUGAAGAGAACUGUAGUUAAAAGGAAAGGUGGUUGGUGGAGGCAGUUCUGGCUGCUACUUAAACGUGCAUGGAUGCAGGCUUCUCGUGAUGGCCCAACAAACAAAGUUCGAGCAAGAAUGUCGAUUGCAUCAGCUCUCAUAUUUGGUUCUGUCUUCUGGAGGAUGGGUAGAUCACAGACAUCAAUACAAGAUAGAAUGGGAUUGCUUCAGGUUGCUGCUAUAAACACUGCGAUGGCUGCACUUACAAAGACUGUAAGUGUCUUCCCUAUGGAACGUGCAAUUGUUGACAGGGAGAGAGCCAAGGGAUCCUAUUCACUGGGACCAUAUCUACUCUCAAAAUUGUUAGCUGAGAUUCCCGUUGGAGCAGCAUUCCCAUUGCUGUUUGGUACCAUUUUGUACCCCAUGGCUUGUCUUCAUCCUACCAUGUCAAGAUUUGGGAGGUUUUGUGGAAUAGUAACCACCGAGUCCUUUGCUGCAUCUGCAAUGGGCCUAACUGUGGGAGCUAUGGUUCCAACCACUGAAGCAGCAUUGGCCUUAGGACCAUCUCUUAUGACAGUUUUCAUUGUAUUUGGAGGCUACUAUGUCAAUGCAGAGAACACGCCAAUCAUUUUUCGGUGGAUUCCCCGCGUUUCUCUCAUAAGAUGGGGAUUUCAAGGGCUUUGCAUAAACGAAUUUACUGGCCUUCAAUUUGAUCAUCAGCACUCAUUUGAUAUACAAUCUGGUGAACAAGCACUUGAACGGCUUUCCUUUGGAGGCAGUCGGAUUAGAGAUACAGUGAUAGCUCAAAGUAGAAUACUUUUGUUUUGGUAUUACACUACUUUCCUCCUCCUGGAGAAAAAUAAACCCAAGUACCAGCAACUUGAGCCUCCACCUCGUGAUCAAUUAGAAACAACUACAAAGCUUGAGCCUCUUGAAACUGAUCCUGCGGAACCAUACGACCAACCUGAAUCUCCCCUUCUUGAGCAAGGUGCUAAUCCAAAGGAGAUGCUUGUGCAAUAA